CUGCUCAACAACAGGAAGAAGUGAUCGCUUACGCACGUGAGUCACGUCAAGUUUUGACAGACUGAAAGACGGUGAUAUUCCUGGGGGAGCUUUAUUGGACCACACACCAGGGCUUUUAUACUGAAAGUCCUGAGCAGAAGUGCUGCUGCCUGUUCUCACUGCCUUGACACUGACAGAAAGUCUAACAACUGCAUAGAAAUGGAGUGUCAGUGUGAAAAGGACAACUCUGAGGAUGCUUUCUCGGGCUGGUGGGAGAACAGCAACAGCCUCCAGAUGGGAGCCUUUACUGUGGUGGGGUAUCUCCUCUACAGAUUCUCACAGACACUCCCAGCUCUGAUCCGAUGGCCAAUUCGUCUCUUCUGCUCUUUAACUGGUCUAACGGCUCUUUGGAGCUGGGUAAGCAAACUUGUGGGAACGCUCCGAGGAAUCCAGAGCCUGUUUAAAUGGCUGUCACGGCUGUGGCGAUUCGUUGUAGCAUUUCUCUCCAAGUUCAAGUGGCUGGUUGCUGUCAUCAAAUCCAUCUCAGAAGGAGAAGUGGAGUCCAAGACCAAUCCAACCAGCAGGAGUCCCAACAAACCAGACCUGAGGCUGAUCCUUCUUGGCCCCACUGGUGGAGGACGGACCUCUCUGGCAGACACAUUGUUAGGCAAGACUGAUGCACCCAUGGGUCCUCUGAUGGAAAGCACCAGGCGAAGGACAGUAGUGGAUGGUAGAGAAGUUACAGUGAUCGACACCCCAGAUCUUCUGGGGCCAUCACUAGGGAACAACAAGAGAGCCAGGGAAGCUUUAAGGAGCCUCCAGCUUGCCGGUCCUGGACCACACGCCUUCCUGCUAGUGAUCCAGGUUUCAGGCUCCAGCAUGGGGGCCGACCAAAAUGCUACCCAGGCAGUCCAAGCCGCCCUGGAACUGUUUGGAGACGGGGUCGUGGGGUACAUCAUCCCAGUGCUUGUCCAUGCAGACCGCCUGGGUAAAAGGCAGACUGUAGAUCAGCUGCUGGAUGUGGACACUGGGGAUCUGAGAAGGGCUGUGUCUCUAUGCGGCCAGAGACCUGAGCUGGUGGACAACAGGCCAGACUGCCCCCCAGAGGAGCAGAGUGUGAUGCACAGGCAGCUGGUGGGGCGUGUGAUGGAGGUGAAGGAGCUGAGGGGGCAGUUCGUCCACGAGCUGCAGAGGAGGGAGGACCACAUCAGGGAGGAGCUGCUGAAUGACAUGGCCUCUGCACUGGCUAGAAAACUGGGACACACGUAAAUAAGAGAAAGAGGAGAGUUAGUGUUGCUGGUGUGCGUUUCUGUGUGAAAGAGUUGCUGGGCCAGUGAAUAAAUAAGGAGGCAGGAUUCAUUCAUGUGUUAAACAUGCAAUUUUGACUUUAAGUGCAAGGGUGAUUUUCUGCUCGAGUUAUUCUUGUCACUCUGCUGGUUUACCACUGCCCAAAUGAAUUUACUACUACUGGUGGCCCUGUCGGUUUUCAACAUGCCGCAGAUGCUUUUGGUCAGAUAUAGAUACAGUCUUUAUUGUCCCACAGGAAAUUUGUUUUCACAGUCUGUACAAUUGCAACAGAAACAUACUGCUAACCAUACAAAGUACUUACAUCACACAAUACCAUGGUCACACAAACUUAAUUUUCCUAUUUUGAUGUGUUGUAAUUCUCCAGUGUCUGUAUAUUCUUGUAUGUGCCUCCUGUUUUCAUACUCUGCUCCAGUGCUUGGUCCUCCUCUGUCUUCUAUAAUUUAUAAGAGAUAUCAAACUUUAAAGAUGAUCGGAGAAAAUAAACUGAAGUCACAUCAUGA